UUCCUCUUCAAUUUUUGUCUUCAGUUCAGUUCGUAACGUUCUUGUAAGCAGAACAGUUUUGUGAAAAUGCGGCUCUUCGGAAAAUUGCUUUUAGUGCUCGUGACCGUUCUGGUGAUGGUAUUUGCAACGUGUGGGAUUACAUGGAUUUGGCUAUCAUACGAGGAUAUACCGAAUUUGAUAUCUCCUUCGCCUGGACUAUCAUUUGAUUAUAUAAUUGUUGGAGCCGGAACAUGUGGGUCAGUACUAGCACAUGAACUAAGUCGAAAUAGCAACCAUUCCAUUUUACUAAUCGAAGCUGGUCAUCUAUUCAACCCUCUAUCAAAGAUCCCAUUACUAGCAACAGUUCUUCAGCAUUCAAAGAAUGAUUGGCAAUUUAAGUCGGUGCCACAGAAGUACUCUUCUAGCGGGCUGACCAAUCAGUUUUCUUCACAGAUGCAAUCUCAUCCACGUGGCAAGGGUCUCGGUGGUUCUUCGCAAAUAAAUUAUAUGUUGCACUUCAGUGGUGCACAUAAGGAUUUCGAAACAUGGUCCAAAAUGGGUAUCAAAGGAUGGUCAAUCCGCUCACAGAGAAAGUCGGAAGUUGAACCUCAAAGUUGUUCUAGAUUAGCUUGCAAAAAUCUAUUAGAAUGUGAAACGGGAGAUAGAUAUUCAAAUGAGAACGGAUUUUGUUAUCAGUCCAUCUACGACAAGAAGAAUCAUACUGGAAAACAGGAUACAAUAUGGACAGUACCCAAGAAUUACUCAAAACUAAGUGAAGCGUUCACAGAAGCAGCCCCCAUUUUUGAGAGCGAAGGUUUGAAAUUUAAGCUUGCUCGGUAUAAUAUAAAAGAAGGAUUACGUUAUAGUACUUAUGAAACAUUUCUUCGACCAUCCUUUGGGCGGACUAACUUGAAAAUUUUAUCAAAUACUCUGGCGAGAAAAAUCAUAAUCAGGGAUGGAAUAGCCGAAGGGGUAUUAAUCGAAAGCUCUGAACAAACGAACAAGUACUUUCAAAUAACAGCUACAAAAGAGGUAAUCCUGUCGGCUGGUGCCUUCCAAACGCCGCAACUACUUCACGUAUCUGGAGUCGGUCCGAAAAAAGUACUUGACCGAAUAGGAGUCAAGCAGGUUUAUAACUCAGUAAACGUUGGUUCGAAUUUGCAUGAUCAUUUCCACUUGCCACUGUUCGUAUCGAUUGAUGCGAAGGCGAGCUUGACAGUCCGCAAAAUCUUGAGUUUGGGAGAAAUCGUGAAAUAUGUGAAGACCAGAGAAGGACAUUUCUCCAACUUCGCAGUAAUAGGCGAUAUCAAAACCGAUAACGAUGCUACUGCUUCGACGAUAUUUGCAACUGGCGCUGUUGAUGAAAAGGCUCUCAUGAAAAUUUCAAAUUUCAACCGGGAAGAUUUCCGGGCACUAUUUCCUUUAUAUCACAACUCAUCACAAGAAGGAUUUGUUCUCUUAUCGUCUUGUCUACAGCCUCAAAGUCGUGGAGUCGUCAGAGCACGGAGCUCAGAUAUUGAAGUCCCACCUCUUAUAGACCCCCGCUAUGCGCAGAACCAAUCCGAUGUUGAAUGCAUCAUAAAAUCUGUGAGAAACGGAGUGAAAGUUAUCAUGUCUGAACCAUUCCAAAGUCUUAAAGCAAAAAUUCACUGGCCUAAAAUAAAGAAUUGUUCCGCAUAUGGUCCGUUGAACCGAGACUUUUUCAUUAAUGAACCAUCAGACAAAUAUCUUGAAUGUUUAAUACGGACAGUUGGUCUGACCGGACAUCAUCCAGGUGGCACAUGCAGUAUGGGAUCCCGUCUUGAUUCAGUGGUGGACAAUAGAUUAAGGUUCCGUGGAAUUAACAAGCUGAGAGUAGUUGACGCUAGCAUUCUACCUACUCCUGUCUCAGGAACACCAAACUCAGUUUUAGUGGCGAUAGCUAAACGCGCAGCUAUGCUAAUUCUAAGACAGAACCAACUUGCUGUGUGAUAUUCUGAGUGCAGUGGACAUCCUCUUAAGAGGAACUGUAAAUAUAGUAGUAGAGCAUAAUCUUUUGUAAAACAAUCUAAUUUUAUAAAUAAAUAUAAAAAUGCAUUCCAAAAUGA